UUGCUAGUCGCGCAAUUGAACGUGUUGUGUUCUGCUGCUCUUCACAGAGACAUCAUCCGUCGUUCGUCGUCCGUCGACUUGUUAUCAACACCGCACCGAGGAAAGAUGUGCCACUGCUAGAGUUCUGCUCGAGAAAAACGGUCGGUUUGCAAUUUUCAUCUCCCACGUUUGGAAAUUCGCAUCCCACCUAUUCAUAGUAGUAUAGUUCUAAGGACUAACAACCUCCCCCCAGCAAUAGUGCGUGACUGCUAGUUGUCGUCCUACUAACUACUGAUAAUCCUAACAUCCGCGAAAUAGUGUUUAAGUUUUUUAAGUGAGUGUGGAAAGUUAAGCCCGUAGUCGGAGCGCGAUUCCACUAUGUUCCCCUUUUCCUCGCUGCAAGUCGAGUACAGCAACUUCCACCGUUCAUCGCAGAUUAUGUCCAACGCGCUGAGCAUGACCAACUCGGGCUUCCCGCACUCGUGGAUCGUGUCCGGGCAGGACUUCUGCCCGAUCACGUACUCCUCGAUCCAGUCGCACAACUCGGCCGUCCAGAACAACCUGGCCACGGUGGAGCCGGGCUUGAUCGAGCUGCGCAAGGAGAAGAGUCGUGAUGCGGCGCGAUCCCGACGGGGCAAGGAGAACUUCGAGUUCUACGAGCUGGCCAAAAUGUUACCCCUACCGGCGGCCAUUACCAGUCAGCUGGACAAGGCAUCGAUUAUCCGGUUGACUAUCAGUUACCUAAAGUUGAAGGAAUUCAGCGAAAAUGGUGUCCCUGCCUGGAACAAGGAACCGCUAGGGUUCCAAAGCUACACCGGUCCACAGUACUUCAACGAAAUGUUCGAAACUCAUCUGGGCACGCACAUUCUACAGUCACUGGAUGGGUUUGCACUGUCCACCGGAGUCGAUGGACGGUUUCUGUACAUUUCGGAAACCGUAUCCAUCUAUCUGGGUCUGUCACAGGUCGAGAUGACCGGUAGCAGCAUCUUCGAUUACAUUCACAAAAGUGAUCACGAAGAAUUAGAGCACCAGUUGGGAAUCAAGAAGAACUCCGAGUACUCAAAUUACAGCGCCUAUCCGGAUGAACCUCCGGAGAAAACUGUACUUAAGCUGGCUCCCAAAGAGGCAAAACCGUUGCUCCCGGGAGAAACCUUCGAAGGUGACGAUCGGGCGUUCUGUAUCCGUAUGAAAUCGACCCUCACUAAGCGUGGUUGUCAUUUUAAAUCAUCCGGCUAUCGAGUCAUCAUGCUGCUGUGCCAUCUUCGGCGCCGGAGUAGUACAGCUGGUGACGAUCAGCAGCAACAACAACAUCACAGCAGUAGUUCGGAGAAACAGGCCGUCAUCGGCAUGGUUGGUAUUGGGAUUGCAUUGCCGCCACCUUCGCUGCACGAGAUAAAGCUCGAGUCGGAUAUGUUCGUCUUUCGGACCAGUUUGGACUUGACGAUCAUUCACUGCGAAAACAGGAUUACCAGUUUUCUCGAUUGGACCUCAGACGAACUGAAUGGCAAGAGUGUGUACACGAUCUGUCACGGCCAGGAUGCGCACAAGCUACGAAAAAGUCACACCGAAUUAAUCCAAAAAGGACAAGUCCUGACACCAUUCUAUCGGAUUUUGAACAAAAACUCCGGGUACUUCUGGAUACAAACCUGUCUGACGAUGGUUUGCCAGACGAAGAAUAUGGCCGAUCAGACGGUAAUCUGCGUCAACUACAUCAUCUCGCGGCCGGAGAAGGAAAACCUGAUCCUGGACAUCGCUCAGCUACCGAACGUGGGGCUGGAAGUCUUCCAGCAGCAUGGCGGCGCAAGCAAGGGACCAUCAAAGCGAGCCGCAGCUGCCCUAGAGUACGAUAUGGACGUCAAAGACAUGCAGGGUAAUGUGUCGGAAUAUAUCGACCACAAGGAACUGAUGGACAAGUCCCCGCACAAGACAACCCUCGGUGGAAUGGGAAUGUAUGAUGGCAAGGACUCGCUCGACCAUCACCGGGAAAAGCAUAAGGACAGUAAGCAACCGCGCAUCAAAGCGAGCAGUCCCAUUAUGAAUAUGUCGUCAGCGAACGAAAACCAUUCGAUAGAGAAGAAAUCGGCCAACGGUAAGAAGAGCAAUUCGAACCGUGCCAGUGUCAUCCGGGUGCUGAACAAAGGUUCGUCGAAAAAGAUCCUUCAGGAAAACCACUAGUUUAGAUGUGGUCCCGAAUCUAGGAACCAAAAUGUAGGGAUUUAAAUCCGUACGUUUGAUUUGUUACACAAUUCCAAUUCUGGAAUCGAACUGCAUUGCAUUUAAUAUCUUUCCAAACAGUAUUUUUGGCUACAUUGUUACUUCCACAUAAAUGCCAACAAGAUAUUUAUCAUCAAUAUUGUAAAAUAAAACAAAUAAUACUCUUUGAAGAAACUUUUGGUGGCCAAACAAUUAUUUGUGCGCAGCUGAGUAAUCUCAAAACCAGCACUACUACAUCUAGACUUACUGUAUAGAAGAAAUACAACCAUGAAUUUAUUAAUCGUACUCCAAAAUAAUGUAAACCACUGCUGCAAUCCUACUCAUAUUGUUAUAUUAAACGUACUAAGCAAAAAAAAACUUAAAAACAACUAUGCUAUUGAGUUGAUUUUUGUAGAUUUAAAACAAAUUUUGGCCAAGAAAUUAAGAAGUUGUUUAUUUGUUGUAAUUAGAACAUUUAUAGUUUCUUUUAAGUUUCAUAUUCUAGUACCUUGUAAAAUAAGCAUUAAUGAAUGAUAAAAUAUGCCAAACAAACAAACCAGUAGAACAAGGAGAAACAAACAAAAAAAAAAAAAACACACAAAUAAAAUCUGUUUUAGAUUAAUUUAUUACUGGAUAAAUGUUUAGUUUUUGUUCAAAUUUGAU